AUGGAUAUUCUAAUUUCAGUUGUGACAAAAGUGAUAGAGUGCACAUUUGAACCAAUUGGACGCCAAGUAGGUUACAUCUUUCUCUAUAACGAAAACAUGAAGAAUCUUGAAGAGCAAACUCAAAGUCUUAUGAAUGCCAGAGAUAGGGUGCAACAAGAGGUGGAUCAGGCAAGAGGCAAUGCACAUAAAAUCUUUGAUGAUGUUUCACAGUGGUUGGCCGAAGUGGACGAGAUCACUAAACAACUCGAGAAGGAUCGUCAUACUAAUCCUUCGUGCUUUAAUUUGAUCGAGCGACGUCGAUUAAGUAGAAGAGCAUAUGAGACAGCAAAAAAGAUUCGUGGAGCUUUUGAAACAAGAAAGUUGUUUUGUGGUAAUGUUGGUUAUCCUGUACCUCUACAAGGGAUCCAACGUUGCGAUAUCACCGAUUAUCAAAUUCUGGAGUCAAGAACAUUGAUGGCCGAUCAAAUUAAGGAUGUACUUGCAGACCCUAAUGUCAACAAGAUUGGAGUAUAUGGUAUGGGAGGUAUUGGAAAAUCUAUGUUGCUCCAUGAAGUUAAGGAGUUAGUGAAGGAACACAAAUUAUUUGAUCAAGUGAUUACCGUCAUUGUAAGUAGAACGUACGACGUAAAAGGUAUACAAGCACAAAUUGCAGACAAGUUGAGGUUUGGAUUUGAUAAGCUCGAAACUAAGCAGGGAAGAGCGGAUUUAGUACGAACGAAGUUGGAGAUGGAAAAGAAUAUGCUCAUUAUGUUGGAUGAUUUGUGGACACCACUCGAUCUUGUAGAUAUUGGAAUUCCUUGCAGAUCGGAAUCAAAUAAAAAAGGAUGUAAGAUACUCAUGACAAGCCGAGAUCGUGAUCUACUCAAGAAUAACAUGAAUGCAGAUCAGUGUUUUCAAAUGAAUUCUCUAGACGAAAAAGAGUCUUGGAAGUUUUUUACGACAAUUAUUGGUGAUAAGUUUGAGAAAAAUCGUGUGGAAGGCAUAGCAAAGGAGGUCGUAAGAAAAUGUGGCAGGUUACCGAUUGCACUUAAAAUUAUUGCAAAAGCAUUGAAAGAUAAAGAUGUGCGUAUUUGGAAGGAUAUUUUGAAGCAAUUAGAAAACCCAGUUUCAGUGAACAAGUGUAUUCGUUACUUAAGUUGA